AGCUUCCUGGGAUUUUAAAUAUUGUAAAUGUUCCUCUUUUCAUUCAAAUCUUUAAGUGAAAAGCUCAAAGUUUAAGAAGAAUUCUGUGUAAAUGGAUGUGGGGUCAGUGACUCAGAGGUGCUUGCCAGGAGCCGGCCGGGCCGCAUUCCUGGGAGAUGUUUGGGGAGCGAGAAUGAUUGCGUUGACUGUUCAGCUGGGGCCAGACCCGUCAGACAAGCCGGAUGAGGGCAAGUUUCCCCUACUCAGUGCUGCGCUGACGCCGCCCUCCGCACCCAAAGGACGCACACUCUCAGCCGAGCACAGGACACGCUCGCCACGCGGUGGAACACACACAGAUUGUGUUUUGUUGUUUUUUUGAUGCUGUAGCCUCUUCUUUUUUAUUUUGAACUGUGCCAUUUUUAAAAGACACAGAAAGAGAAGCUGAUGGGGGAAAAUCCUCCAGAUCACUGAGGGCUUUCUGUCGUUCUGCUGGAUAUUGACACAAUGGAUCAGGAGGAACCACUGGACUUCAAGAGCAUCAGGGCCAAGUUCCAGGAGUCAGACAUUUUCCUGAAGCAACCCAAAACCAGGCCUGUUCUCCCAGAGAAGCCAAAGGUCGUCCCUCCCCCCCAGCCACUGAGCCCCACUCACUUCCUCCCCGCAGGUGCACGGGCCUCCCUGCUAACCUCCAUUAACCAAUCCGUAGAGUCAAAGUCCUUGUUUGUCCCCAGAGUGGUCUUCAAGGAUGACAAGAAGGACAGCAAAAGCCCUCUCAUCCAUGCUAAUUCAAAGACAAAAGAGAAGAGUGAUGUGAAAAAGAAAGAGGUGAACAGCAAGACGGCGAAAGAAGAGAAAGGGAAACUCAACAGUUAUUCACUGGAGGAGAAACAAAAGAAAGAAAAUGGCAAAGGAAAGAAAUCGCCAGGAAUUCCAGCACAGAAAGACACAGAGGUGGCCCCGCCCCCAGCUAAAGUCCCAACACAGAAGAAGAAAGGGAUUCUGGGUUUCAAAAAGUCCUCAAAACAAGACCCAGGAGUGACUGUUCCAGUCCCCAACUCGCUGAGCCUAGAGGACUCAGGACCGACCUCAGCCAUCUCUACGCCUUUUCUCACCGUUAAUGCAAAAGCAGAGGCUGAAGUAUCAAACCCACAAUCCCCUCUAAGCAAAAACCACGUUGGCCUUCAGGAAAUCCCCCCAAUGUCACCCAUUCCUGCACCUCUAAAUGUCCCUCCUCCCGUCUUUAUACCACCUCCUUCAAUCCCUCCUGAGACUGAAACUCCUGCUGAGACAGAAACUCCUGCUUUGCCAGGUCCUACAGCAGCCAGCCAAAAUGAAAGUACUCCUAAUUCCUCCUCUGCUUCCCCGAGCCCCCCAGCCAGCGCUGCCAUCACAGAGGGUCCUGUGGGGAUCUCUGCUCCAUCCCCGCUCCCUCCAGAGUUUGAGGCCGAGGCGGAUGCUGCUCUCCAAGCUCUGAACAUGGACCCGGUGGAGAGUCCUCUUCCUCCCACCCUGGACUCCCCCUCGUCCCAGACGCCCCCUAAAGCUGAACGGCCGAUCUCUGUGCUGUCCGCUCUGGAGAGAGCGGAGGACAUGAGCUCUGGAAAAAGAACCCCCCCAGGUGACCUGAGGAUUCUGAGCGCUCUGGAGAAUGCUCGCAAGAAGUCCACCAGCCCUCUGUCCAACCCAACACAAACCUCUCCAUCACCUGAGGAGCUUGCCCCUCCUCGGAGCCCCACCCCGGCCUUACUGGAGCUCCCACCCAUUGACUAUGAGGGUAAAACUGGAGCGGCUCUUCCACCGAAACCAGAACAGGUUCAUGGCACUGACUACCGACAAGCCUCCCCAGUCCUGCAGCGAGUCACGACUGAGGUGGCUGACCCCAUCGCUGACAUGCUGGUAGUUCCCACCCCUCCACCCAUGCGGGCCCACCAAGACCUGAAAGCUGUGCGUUCUGCUCCAGACGAACCCGAUGGGCUUCUGUCUGAUGACUGCAUUCCUCCUCUUCUCCUUGAAGUGAUCCCUGUGCCCCCCGAGUUUUCGGAGGAAACUCCUGAAGUGGAUUCUUCCGAUUGGGAGAAUGAAGAGCAGGCAAUCUUUGAUGGUCCAGACACACAGAACCACACAGCGUUCUACAGCCGUGAAGGAACCGAUCCAGAAGCAGGCUUCCAUCCAGAACCCGAGGCCCAUCUAGAACAAGACUUCCGUCCAGAACCCAAGGUCCAUCCAGAACUGAAUGUCCAUCCAGAACCCAAGGUCCAUCCAGAACCCGAGGUCCAUCCACAGGUGGUUUAUAAAGAGGAGCACCUUCAUCAUUCAUUGCCAGGAUUUUCCCUUCCAGUUAUCAAAGAACCAUCGCCCAAGGAGGAACUUCAGGCAAACAAUCGCACCAGUUACCAUGACAACGGAGAAACUGCGCCUGAGGAUCUCCAGGUUCAAUCGAAGAAGAAAGGAAAGAGCAGCAACAAUGGCAAGAAAACCACAAAGAAAGGAACACCAAAGAAUCCAUAUGUUGAGGCUUCACAAGAACCAGCAAGCAGCCCUGUGCAGCCGCAGGUGCAAGAGAAAACCAGGACGGGCCUGUUUGUGAGGAACGACAAGAAAUCGGUCACGGACGGGCCGGACGAGAAAGAGCUGAAGAAGAGAGAAAAGCAGCGGCUGGAGAAGGAAAAGAAGGAGCUGAAGGAGAAACAAGAGAGGGAGAAGAAGGAGCAGAAGGAGAGGGAAAAGAGGGAGAAUGAGAUGAAGAAGAAAUUCAAGAUAACAGGACAGGAGGAAGCCAUGUAUCAGGCCAGAGUAACAGAAACAGUAAAAGGACGGAAGAACGACCUCCCUGUCAAGAACGGAGACAUUAUCAGCAUCAUCCGAACCACCAAGUGCCCCAAAGGGAAGUGGCUGGCUAGGGACAGCAGCAACAACUACGGGUAUGUUGCUGUGGGUCACGUGGAGCUGGACAUUAAGGAGAUGAUGGAGCUGGGAAAGAAAACGACGCGCAGGAGCAGCAGCAAUGUCAUGGAGAUAGACGGAUUUGGUGCAGGUGGCAUAGGCACUAAUCACUUUCCUCAGUCUGCAGAAAGCUUUUCAGAUGACAGUGAGGAGUGGACCUAUGAUGAUGAAGAACCCAUGGAAAAUGCAGAUCCAUUCACCCCAGUGAGUCAUACCAGAAGUAUCUCCAUGCCAGAUGCAGGUCAAAACGAAAUUCCCAUAAUCCACCGGCACAGCCACAGCGACAUGAGCGCUGAAGACCCUCAGACACAAAGCGAAGCACUUCAGAAGUUGGCCACAUUUUUCCAUCCACCCAAACCAGUGGAGACUCCUGCCAGCACCAGUGAGCCAGAGACAACGGGACGAUUGCCAACACCGGAAGAAGUUCUUGUGCCUGAGCACGGUGCAGCCCAGGAGUUCGAUGCCACUGCCAUCAUUUUACCUCCUCCCGAAGUUUUCGCCGACCUCCCUGAAAACCGUCCCUGAAAGUGGGAGGCACCUGGACUCACUUGUUUGCUGCAGCCCGUCGUCCGUGUGGACUAAGGAUGCUGGAAAUCUCUCUGCACAUGUGAAAAUGACCCUCUGACUUUGAACUUUGGAUCAGAGGAAUUUCAAAACACCAUCACGUCCAACGAGCGGGUGAACAUUCAGGCUCGUCUUUAUACAACCAUGUAAACCGGAGAAGCAGAACUUUACAGGAUCUGCUCAACAAUAAAAAGACUAAACUUCUGUUCCAAACACUGUCCCACUGUCAAGGGUUAGAAUCCUGAAGACCCGUCCUUGAGCUCCUGCCUGAAAACGGACAGAGUAUCUUGUCAAGCCUGAUCACAGUCAGCUUUAUUUCUGCGCGUUCAUUCUCUUCUUCCUUUCUUCGUCCUCCGUGAAACAUUCAGCGUUAUGCUAUUUAAGUACACACUCCUUUUAAUGCGUCAGGUUCAUGUCAUUAUUUGUAACUGCAUGGAAAUAAGCUACACAGACUGUUAUUUUGCACAUCUGGAUGUCUUCAUACCAGGACCACCCUUUUAGGAAUCCUUUUUCUGUCCCGGAUUCCUUUGCUUUGCCAGGUUUCUCCAUCAUAGCCUGGUGAGGGCAUCUGGGGUGUGUUCGCCUUCACCAGUGUGCGUUUGUGUUGACAAAAGCCUGAGAAGCAAAAGUGUUGUUUUUGUAUCUUUGUCUUUAUUGUCAAUAAAUACUCAUUAAAGUGCAAA